AUGUCACGAACAGAGCGAGAUUUAGAGGCAGCAGCGGUCGCUGUCCCUGCGCAGUCAGACCCCCGAGACUCUGAUGAGACUCAGGAUCUUGUCGAUGCUGCCGCAACCAAAGUCAGCACGACACUUGAUCCUCGUUCACCGACUUUGUCACGCACGUCUACGACAGUAGGGGAUGCAGCACCCACGAGCAAUGGCGAGGUCAAAAGUGAGGACAAAGCGGCCGAGAGCCGUCAGUCGCCAAAUGCAGAAAAGGCUCGUUCUGAUGUCGAAAAGUUGGAAGCGACGGCAUCGCAAGAAGAGGGCCCUGGGCAAGCAAAGGACGUUAUACUGGUGACAUGGGACUCGCCUGAAUCGCUCGAAAAUCCGCGCAACUGGUCACGAGCUCGCAAAUGGUCGGUGGUCAAUCUCAUUUCCAUAUACGCCCUCUUGGCCGCUGUCGGCUCUAGCGUGUGCGCGCCUGCUCUGCCGGAAAUGGCGGAGGAAUUUGGUGUCACCAGCGAGAUACAGCGUAAUGUGAGCACUCUACUGGACCGAGAGGGGAACUCGAGUAACAGAAUUUCUGGACUAACAACAUUGACCCAACUCACCACAGCUUAUGCUGUCAAUCUUCGUCCUUGCUUUCGCUCUUGGUCCGCUGGUCCUCGCACCUAUGUGAGCAAUGCAUCGGCUUGUCAUGAAUCUUGAAGCUGACCGUUCUGCUGAUCAUGAUACCUUGUCUAGUUCCGAGGUCUAUGGCCGUACGCUGGUGCUGCAGAUUACCACGGUGAGGGCCGCAAUUUGUGCUGAAGCUCCCUGGCCAUCAUUCUUACUUCCGUCACGUCAACCUUCUCAGGUCUUCUUCGUCAUCUUUAUGAUCGCCUGCUGUGUAGCACAAAAUUAUGCACAGAUAGUCGCGUUUCGUUUUCUGGCAGGCCUCGGUGGAUCUGCUUCCCUGGUCGUCGGUGGUGGAUCCAUCUCUGACAUGUUUACCAACGAGCAACGUGGCUCAGCCAUGUCAUUGUACUCCAUGGGCCCAUUACUCGGACCGUGUGUUGGGCCUAUCAUUGGUGGCUUCAUCGUGCAAGAGCUUCAAGAGUGGCGCUGGACAUUUGGUGUUGUGGCCAUCGGUACAGCAGCCUUCUCCGUCAUUGGCUUUUUCCUUCUUCGGGAAUCUUAUCCACCUCGCAUUCUUGCCCUCAAAGCUGCACGCCAGCGAAAGGAGACUGGCGAUCAUCGGUACACCACGCAGUGGAUUCAGCAGGACCUUGCUGCCGGUGGAUGGGCCGCGCGUUUCAGUCGACACCUGGAGCGCCCGGUAGUCAUGCUUACAACACAACCUCUGGUGAUCGUGUUUUCUCUCUACUCCGCUCUACUCUAUGGUACGCUGUACAUCCUCAUUACGACCUUUGACGGCCUUUUUGUCAACGAGUACGGUAUGAAGCCUGGAAUCGCGUCGCUCAACUAUAUUGCCCUAUCAGUCGGCUGUCUAGUUGGUAGCUUGACCUGUGGUCGGAUGACGGACCACGUGUACAAGAAAUUGCAAGCACGACAUGGUGGCGUCGGCAUACCGGAAUACAAGCUGCCAAUCAUGAUGGUGCAGUCAUUUCUUAUCCCGAUCGGCAUGCUCAUCUACGCCUUCACUGCCGGACGCACUCACUGGAUUGGACCAGACGUUGGCGCUGCUGUCUUUACUUUUGGUAAGUCCGACACGCACACGCAUCUGCGGCACGGUGUUGGGAUUGCGCAGAACCCACGGACGCAGGCGAUGCUGCUCCCUUGCCGGCCGAGACAUCCGGAGAGGUUGCUCCGAGUCGCUGCGUUGCAACGCUGACGAGACCUAUGGUCCUCUCCAAUUGUGCAACAGGCAUGAUGACGAGCAUUACCGUUAGAGCGUACCUGGUGGACUGCUAUCAACUUUAUGCCUCAAGCGUACUCUCGGCCAAUAAUCUCGCCCGCAACAUUGCAGCUUUUGCCUUUCCACUUGCUGCGCCUGCACUAUUCGGCGACCUGGGUUACGGUGUUGGUGGCACCAUCAUUGCAGUUCUUGCUGCCGUCCUCGGAAUUCCCUCGCCCUUCUUGUUUUGGAAGUAUGGACCUCGGCUCAGAGCGGCUUCGAACUACGCUCGCGACGCGGUCUAG